CCAAACCCUUGAAGUGCAACUUCAUUUAGCAUCUAUUAGUACAAGGAAACUGUAAGUCUGAAACUGACUGUGAUAAGCUGGCCAGCUUGGCUGCUUGCCAUACCAGGCAGGUAUGCCGGGGGGGGCGUUAACUGAGCCUGGAUUUGUUCGUUAACGGCUUGAUUUCUUAACUUGGAGAGCAGCGGGAGCUGUGUUCCAAACAUUUGCUCUGAUGUGUACACAGCUGAACAUCUGAACACAUGGAUAGUAGGAAGAUCAACUAAAUAAGGGAUUCCUAUGCAUUUGGAAAUGCAAGCGAAGUAAUGGAGAUUGAGCCCUCAUACACUGACUUUAUUUCCUGUGAUCGCACUGGGCGGAGGAACGCUAUCCACGACAUCCAAGGAGACGCAACCUCCAUCAGCAUGCGGAAGCUGGCAGGUGACAUAGGCGAGCUCUCCAUUGAAGGAGCAGGUGAGUGUGCAAGGAAACCAAGCUGCUGCUGCUGCUGCUGAGAAGGAACCUGAAGCGAGACUUGAGGGGCAAGAUGGCAUCCCCCCAUCUUGAGCACCACAGGAGUGGGGGGGACAGGGGAAGGAGGAAAGAACUGUAAACACUAAAUGAGAAUGUUCCAUCAAAUUUGCUGACAACUGAGAGCCAAACCAGAACAACGAAUUCUCCCUUUUAAAUGCCUUUGCUGUGACCAUUCUGUUCAGAUACCUGUCGGAAGCUCAUCAGUGAGUGGUACAUCCACGAACUCUGCUCCCAUCUAGAACAGCUUAGAAGAACACUGCACUGGUGGUAGUCAUAUGACCCACUCUCAGAGUGCCUCAGUAGCAAUUUUCCUCUAUAGGAAAUUUAAAAUAUACACUUCAGCCUUUACUGGAUAAGGUACAUUUUUUACUCUGUACAUUUAGACUAUUUAUUUAUUUCCUGUUCCCAUAGAUUAGAGAUUUUGGUGCUUCACUUAUUUCACCUUCCUUCUGUAUCGAGCUUAGAGGAUAUUUAGCGCUGCCAACACAGACACCUGGAGUUAUGGGGAUCAGCUGGGGAGGGGUGAUGGCAGUUCCUGCUACACUAAUAUUGAACACUAUUAACCUGUGCUGCUGCUUUCUGGGAAUCAGAAAAGGACCAAAGCUCACAGGUGCAUGGACAAACUCUAUCUGCAGGCUCAGCAGCACCACACAUGGCACCAUUUGGCAUUGUAGGGUUUUAAGAUACUGUUAGAAGAAGGGCAGAAGAGGCUUUCUGUGUGUUUUGACAGUUGACAAAAUUCAGACUAAGCUCUUCCAGCUUCCAUACAGCUCCAAGGUAUUUAUUUCUGGGAAACUUUCACACACUCUCUCUUCGGAGACAUUUUUCAUGGUAAAAAUUGUUUGAUAAACUAUAAGCUUCUUGUAAUAAAGAACACACAAC